AUGGCUAAAGAAGAAGCUAUUUUCCGUUCAGCGGAAAUGACUUAUGUGCAAUUGUAUGUACCUUUAGAGAUAUCUCGUGAAGUUGUUUGUCUCUUAGGUAAUUUAGGUUUAUUAAUGUUUAGAGAUUUAAACAGUGAUACAAAUGAAUUCCAACGUACUUAUGUGGAACAAUUAAGGCGAUGUGAUGAUACACAACGGUUAUUAACAUUCUUAACUGAAACAAUGGAUAAACAUGCAAAUGUUUAUUGGCAUACUUAUACAGAUUCUGGACAAGAAACUUUAUUGAAAAAUAUGGAAGUUAAGGAUUUGAAUUCAAUAAAUGAUUUAACAAAAGAAAUCGAAUUGGUUGAAUCGAGAGUAAGAAGAUUAGAUGAAUCAUUAAAAGAUAUUCAAUUAAAAUUAGAUAAUUUAUUAGAGACAAGAUAUGUUGUAUUUAAAGCUGAAAGAUUUUUACAAAUCAAUCCGGGUAUCAUUGGUAGAGUCUCUAGAGAAUAUAGAGAACAACAACAUAAUUCAAUCGUUGAUGAAGAAGAAACUUUUCUUGAUAAUGAUAAUUUCUCUUUCACUAUUGAUUCAGAUGAAGACGCAGAUGAACAAAUAAAUAAUGACGAUAACCAUGAUGUAUUACUAGGUAAUGGAUUACAAGAACAAUUUAUGGUAGUUGGUGCAGUAAAUAGAGAGAAAGUGGAUGUUUUAAAUAAAUUAUUAUGGAGAAUGUUACGUGGUAAUCUCUUUUUUCAAAAUAUCCCAAUUGAACAACCUUUAUUAGAUUCUGAUGGUUUAACACGCAUUGAAAAAGAUUGUGUAGUAGUUUUCACACAUGGUAAAAUAUUAAUUAAUAAAGUUAAACGUGUUAUGGAAUCCCUAGGGGCUCAUAUUAUUCCAUUAGAUAAAGAAAAUUUUCCAAAAUUAGAUACAUUGAAUGAUGAAAUCGAUGAUUUACAACAAAUUUCUCAAUCAACUGAACAAGCAUUACAUACAGAAUUAUUAGUCGUUCAUGAUCAGAUCCUUAAUUGGAACGUUGCAUUUAAGAGAGAAAAAUAUAUUUAUGCAACUUUAAAUUUAUUUAGACCAGAGACACAUGGUUUAGUUGCAGAAGCCUGGUUACCAAGUAAUGAAAUUACAGAUUUAACAAGAUCUUUAAAAGAUUUUGUUGAAUCAAUAGGUUCAGAAUACAGUGCAGUGGUAACAGUUAUACAUACAAAUAAACAACCUCCAACUUAUCAUAGAACAAAUAAAUUUACUGAUUCGUUUCAAUCAAUUGUUGAUGCAUAUGGGAUUGCUACAUAUCAAGAAGUUAAUCCCGGUUUGGCUACAAUUGUUACUUUCCCAUUUAUGUUUGCUAUUAUGUUUGGUGAUUUAGGUCAUGGAUUAAUUCUUUUCUUAAUUGCUUUAGUAUUAAUUUUAAAUGAAAGAAAAUUUGGUUCAAUGAAUAGAGAUGAAAUUUUUGAUAUGGCUUUCACUGGAAGAUAUGUCUUAGUAUUGAUGGGUGCAUUUUCAAUGUAUACAGGUUUAAUGUAUAAUGAUAUGUUUUCAAAACCAUUAACUUUAUUCAAAUCUGGUUGGGAAUGGCCAAGUAGUUUUAAACAAGGUUCUAAUAUCUCAGCAAAACAAAUUGGUGUUUAUCCAUUCGGACUUGAUUCAGGAUGGCAUAGUACAGAAAAUUCUCUACUCUUUUCAAAUUCUUAUAAGAUGAAAUUAUCAAUCUUAAUGGGAUUCAUUCAUAUGACAUAUUCCUUCAUGUUUUCAUAUAUCAAUUUUAAAAGAAGAAAUUCUAGUGUUGAUAUCAUAGGUAAUUUUAUCCCAGGUUUAAUCUUUAUGCAAUCUAUAUUUGGUUAUUUAUCAUGGGCUAUUGUAUUUAAAUGGUCAAAGGAUUGGAUUAAAGAUAAUAAACCUGCUCCUGGUUUAUUAAAUAUGUUAAUUAAUAUGUUUUUGGCUCCUGGGAAGAUAGAUGAACCACUUUAUAAAGGGCAAGCAUUCCUUCAACAAGUAUUAUUAUUGGCAGCACUUGUUUGUGUCCCAUGGUUAUUAUUGUACAAACCAUUGACUUUAAGAAGACUUAAUAGAAGUGCAAAGAUGAGAGGUUACGAUAGUAUCCAAGAUCAAGAAACUAGUCGUGAAUUGAUGGAAACUGAGCAACAAUUGCAUAACCCUGAUGAUAAUGAUAUGGUAGUGACAGAUUUUGAUCUUCAACAAGAUAAUGAUGAUUCUGAUCAACAUGGUCCUAAUGCAGAAUUUAAUUUUGGUGAUAUUAUGAUCCAUCAAGUGAUUCAUACCAUUGAAUUUUGUUUGAAUUGUAUUUCUCACACUGCAUCAUAUUUAAGAUUAUGGGCUUUAUCAUUAGCUCAUGCUCAAUUAUCUUCUGUGCUAUGGGAUAUGACUAUUCAAAAUUCAUUCAGUUCAGAGAAUUCAGGUUCACCAUUGGCUGUAUUUAAAGUAUUCUUCUUAUUUGCCAUGUGGUUUGUCCUAACUGUCUGUGUAUUGGUUCUGAUGGAAGGUACAUCAGCCAUGUUGCAUGCUUUACGUUUACACUGGGUCGAAGCAAUGUCAAAAUUCUUUGAAGGUGAGGGGUAUGCAUACGUUCCAUUCUCCUUUAGUAGUAUGAUUGAAUCCUGA